GGAAAAAUUAUUUCCCCAAAUUUCUAAAUUCCCGCCGGUCCAUUCCUCCCCCCCGCCCCCUUUUUUUUUUUUGCUCUGCUUACUGCUCAUAUGUUUCCCCAAAUUUCCAAAUUCCCGCAGCUCCAUUCACCCCUUCCCCCUUUUGUUUGCUCUGCUUGCUGCUCAAAUUCCCCACUCUAGACCAGAGGCCUCCACUGCUUCCUCUCUAUCGUUCGCGUCGCUCAAUCUCGCCACCGACGAGCCUCCAUUGGUUCCCCUCCCUUAUCUAAGCUCCAAUUUCACUCUGAAUCCAAGCCCUAGAUCGUAGAAAACUACCCAAUAUGGACAGGGAAUGGCGUUCCAAGCCCACAGCGGAGGCGCCGCUUCCGUCCAGAACGAGGCCAUCGACCGCCGGGAGAGACUCCAGCGACUCGCCCGGGAAACUAUCGAUCUCGCCAAAUACCCCUACUUUAUGCGCAACCACCUCGAAUGCUAUGAGUGUAAGCUUUGUUGGACUCUGAACAAUAAAGAGAGGAAUUACGUGGCCCAGACUCAGGGGAAGCGCCACCAGACGAAUUUGGCCAAGAGGGCGGCUCGCGAGGCCAAGGAGGCUCCUGCUCAGCCUCAGCCCCAUAAGCACAAAGUCCACAUUCGGAAGAUAGUAUACACAUUUGAGGCCGGUAUGUCAAACCAAGAACGUGCUUUUAGGUACAUAUACACCGUGGCUAUGAUGUUUAAUUUGUGUAUUAUGGCCUAGUUUCUUAUGUCGAGUGAUAUUUGAAGUUAUGACAAUAAUGUGUUGCCGGUGUAUACCAUUUCGCUUGGCAUAUUGUUAAACCUUUUCGGUUCUGAACUCCUUGGUAAGUAUGCUUUGCUUCACUCUAACGGCCAUCCCCACCAAUAUGGCGAAGUUAGCUAAACCUUGAUAGCGUAAUUGUCAUUGCUUAUGAAGUUUGCUCCAUACGUGGAACCUUAGGGCCACCACACAUUCCUUACAUCAAAAAUAUAUACAUGGCCGCUUAUGGUAUGAAAUUUAAAUGCCAUGAUUAAUAUGUGUUUGGAGGCCAUGGAUCCUUAAACCGAGUGAUUUUUAAUGGUGUGAUAAUUGUUGGUUGCCGGUUUAUGC